GCGGGCGGGGAGCGGCGCCGCUGCUUGCUCGGGCUGUGUCUGCUGCUGCUGCUGCUGCGGGAGAGCGGGGCCGGGCCCCUGCCGGAGCGGAGCGGAGCGGUUCCCACCAGCUUCUCACRGACACUGCCAUGGGCCCUCCCCAGCCUGGCCUGAGGAUGCUGGUAUAGCAGCUGGCUGCCAUCCAGAGGAGCUGUGGUGGGACAUCCCUUCCCACUGGGACACCCUCGCCCUCCCCUCUCUCGGCAGAAGCCAUGGAUGCCCACGUGGACCUGCUGACCGAGCUGCAGCUGCUGGACAAGGUGCCCACGCUGGAGAGGCUGCGGGCAGCCCAGAAACGGAGGGCUCAGCAGCUCAAGAAAUGGGCCCAGUACGAGAAGGAGAUGCAGCACAAGAAGAGGAAGCAYGAAAAGAAGAGAAACGUCGUGAGCAGAAAGAAAGUGUCCUUUGAAGCCAGCGUGGCGCUGCUGGAGGCGUCUCUGAGGAACGACGUGGAGGAAGUGUGUUACCUGCUGAAGAGCAACAUCAGCCCCGACCUGUGCAACGAGGACGGACUGACCGCGCUGCAUCAGUGCUGCAUAGACAACUAYGAGGACAUUGUCAAGCUCCUCCUGAGCCACGGGGCCAAUGUCAAUGCCAAGGACAAUGAGCUGUGGACCCCCCUGCACGCAGCAGCCACCUGUGGUCACAUCAACCUGGUCAAGAUCCUCAUCCAGCAUGGAGCAGACCUGCUGGCAGUAAAUGCAGAUGGCAACAUGCCCUAUGACCUCUGUGAAGAUGAGCCAACCCUGGAUGUCAUUGAGACUUGCAUGGCCUAUCAAGGGAUUACCCAGGAAAGGAUCAAUGAGAUGCGAGCUGCCCCRGAGCAGGUCAUGAUCUGUGACAUUCAUGACAUUCUUGCGACUGGGCAAGACCUGAACAGGACRGAUGCCCAAGGUGCUACGCUGCUGCAUAUAGCUGCAGCCAAUGGUUAUCUGCAUGCAGCUGAAGUGCUUCUUGACCAGGGGGCAAGCCUGGAUGUUAAGGACUGGGAUGGCUGGGAACCUCUUCACGCUGCUGCUUUCUGGGGACAGAUGCAGAUGGCUGAGCUGCUCGUGUCCCAUGGGGCUAGUUUGAGUGCCAGGACAUCUUUGGAUGAGAUGCCAAUAGAUCUGUGUGAAGAGGAGGAGUUCAAAGUGCUGCUUCUGGAGCUGAAACACAAACACGAUGUGAUCAUGAAGUCUCAGAUGAGGCACAAAUCCUCCCUGAGCCGCAGGACCUCCAGCACGGGCAGCCGGGGGAAGGUGGUGAGGAGGGCCAGCCUUUCGGACCGGACAAACCUUUACAGGAAGGAGUGUGAGAAGGAGGCCAUGGUCUGGCAGCARCUGGGGUCAACAGAUGAAGGAAGAAACUCAGGUCUCAUUGGAGAAAUUGGGGAGACUCGGUCUGACCAGGAGAAUACAGACCCUAAUUCAGUGCUGGAGAACUCCUCCCUSCUCCCGGAGCUGGCGAACAAAAGCACCCAGUGCGACACCGAGAUCCCGCUGCAGAACGGACUGAUGGCCACUGCCAGCCCCUACCAGUACAGCUUUUCCAACGGGGACAUUUGGAGCAUGCACCCUGACCCCGACAGUAACCCUGGCCACGUGCUGCCCUACGGCACGCCCGUGCUGCCCGAGGCCCCGCAGUUCUGGGGCGCCUACAAGGAGCACAACCACCAGACCCUGUCGGAACUGAAGCGGCAGCGAGCUGCAGCCAAACUCCUCCAGCACCCCUUCCUCAGCACCCACUUCAGCACCGGCAUGGCAGGAGUGCCUGACAACGUGGGCGAGGCCAAGUCGCACUUAAUCGAAUCCAGGACUUCUCCCUACAGCUCCAAUGGGACCUCAGUGUAUUACACAGUGUCCAGUGGUGAUCCGCCCCUCUUGAAAUUCAAAGCUCCCAUGGAGGAAAUGGAGGAGAAGGUGCAYGGGUGCUGCAGGAUUUCCUAGGCUGGCCCGUGUCUCGCCCCAGAGGAGUGAGAUGUGGGUGGGCUGGUUGGAUCUCGCAGUGGCCAGGCUGUUUGCAUUCCAAAGGGAAAAUUUGGUCAUGGACAUCCUGACUGUGGCAGCCUUGUUCACCUCGAACUGUACUUUACCCUGCCAAUUGCUUCCAUUGCAGCUGGAACAAGGCUCUUGGGAGAGGAAGGGAUGCUCAUCAAUAUGAUGGCAAAAGAGUCUCCUUAGCCUUGCUCCCCUGGGAGGAAGGUGUGGUGCGCUGCCUCCCCAUCCUCGGGAAGUCAGGAGAUGCCUUGGAACAAAGAAAGGAUGUGAAUUCAAAUCUUUGUGUCUGAGCCUCUUGCUGUCGGUCCCCGAGCAGCUGGGAGGUGACAGCUCAAACCUGUGCUUCACUCCUGGGUGAWGCACAUACUCUGGAGGGGAGGUCAGCCCCCACCUGAGGUUUGCAGGAGCGGACAGAGCUGUUUUCCACACAGCUGGAUCCAGCACUUCCUGGGCCUGAGCAACAAGUGAGCACUUCAGAAGUUUGCAAGGUGUUACCUCCUUGCAGUGACAGCUCACCACCACCACAAACUGUGCACUGGCUGGGUCCUGUUCUGCUCAUCACUGCAGACUGCCAUCAGGUUUGAAGCAGAACUUUUCCUGGAACAGGCUUCACUCUAUAGGCUUUAAAACUGAUGUUGCAAUAAAGGGGCCCUGGCAAUAGAAUUUUACUGCAAUAAAAUACUGACAAAGGUCUAUAUUGGGAUAAGUAAUUUAAAAACACUUAUUUGUACUAUUUAGACUCUUAAUUUGUUAAAACUGAAAAGACUUUUGUUGAUCUCACUUUCCUAUUGAUUCUGUUUGUUUACUCUGUAUGCUCAACACAGAUACUAGGGGCAGUAUGCUUUGCGUUCUGACUUUUUUCUGGAUUUCCAGAACCACAGGGCUCAGGAGGGCAGGGAAGGAAAGGCUUGCCAACACUAAUCCAGGAAUGCCAUGAAAGCAUUUCUAAUCCCGUAGAUGUGAUGACACUUGCAUUAACCUGCAGUCUUUGGCUGAGGAAUAACUUCAACCGUUGCCGUGGUAGUUGAGCACUGCAGCAGGGUGGGAGAUGCGCUGUUCUCCAGCUCCCUUGCUGAAGCURUCAGCAGUGGGUAGCAGCUGGCAGAGGAAGGUUUAAAUGCCUCYGUGUCUGUGGGAGUUGCCUGACACCAUCAGGAUUUAACAAAGCCUCUGUGCUGCGGAGCAGCUGCAAUGCCAACAUUGUUCUGGUGUAGUUGGUGUGAGCUCUGCCRGCCCACCCGGGAAACACUGGCACGGUGUCACCUGGGCUUUGGCACUGGCUUUGCAGCAAGCUCAGGCUUUGUUUGCUGGGGGAGGUGAGUGUGGGACAGCUCUGAAGGACUGGCCACGCUGCAGUUGUGUCUAAGAAGUGACUGUAAAUCUUUAACCCCUUCUCUGCACAGAGGGGCUGUCACACACGGAGCUGUUCWCCUGCAUGAAUAUGUGUCUUCUUGGGCAGCUUAAAUUCCAAACUCUGAAGACAUAAAGCUGUUUGGGUCUCUGUAAGCCAUCAGUGGAUUAACUCCAGCUCACGUAGUCAUGCUUCAGCCAAGCAACAGCAAAUGCAGCUUCCACCCAUCUUCCUUUUAUCUGGUGGCUGUUGGACAUCAGUAUUGCCCUUCACUGUGGGAAUCCUCACAGCCUUAACUUUUUCUAGGCUAUAAACAGUUGACUGAGGCUGCCUGUGACUGUUAAAUGCUAUCCCCUGCCCCCCAUCAAAUCCACCCCUUCCUGGGGCUGGAUAUGUUACAAUACAGGGCUCUGGGCUCCUGGAGGCAGCARAGGUGGCUGUGUGUCACCACCCCUGCCACGCUGUGCAGGAGACGCUUUUGGACCUGUGAGGUCAUUACCAGGCUGACAAUUUACUGCUUUAAACUGUGUGGAGAUUUCCACAAUUCUCUUUCCUCACCAGUUUCAGGUGCAAACUAGGAAGUGGUAGCAGUUGAUCUGGUUCAUUUAAAACCCCAGUUCUGCUAAAGGCAGAGUUUGAAGCAUUCAGAGGAGUUGGGCUCCCUCCCUUGCUGGAACACAUUUAGCUAAUUACAGGACUAGAAAAUACUUCUUGUGCUUGACCUUGAGGGAUUUUUGAAGUCAUUCUSUAGUAGAAAGAGGAUAAUUGGAUAACUGGAGAGAUUUUACUGUAUGUGGUUAAAAGUGGGUCUUCUGAUUACCUUGAGUAAAUUCUUCUGGGAUAACACCAAGAGUGGCCUGGCUAUUACAGAACAGGGGAGAUGAUCUUUCAGGUGCCUCUCUUCUCCCAUGGUGGUGAGGUUUGUCUCUCCACAUCCAUCCCAAUGAGAUAUCUGAAUUCACUGUAACAAAUUUUGGUGCCGCUAUCCACUAGGUUGCAAAUGGUGCAAAAUUURGGCCCAGAUGUUGCCUUCCCUCCCAGCAAAGGAGGAGUUGGGCCUUUUUCCUUCUCAGAGCAACUUUGUGCUAUUGAACCCUGCCUAAUUCCAAGGAAAUKGAGAUCAUUGGUUGCAAUAGUGUAAAGUAGUGUGAGGCUUGUUUUCACUGAGAGCUCUUAAUAUGUUAAAACUGCAGGAAACCAGUCCAUUUUAGACAAGCAGCUUCUUGGCUUCCACUGGUAUUUCACUCUGUUUAUAUGUAAAACUCUGKGAGCUCAUCAUUCUAGCUGUGAAGUCCAGUGGUGUCUUAUCAAGUAUAAUCCAUUUGUAUUCAGACAGGAGAGUUAYUGUUUUAAGUCAGUAAUGGAUAAAUCUUGCAGGAUGUGUUUCACAGCCCUGCCAAGCACUUUCCUGCCACUGGCUUUGAGCUGAAGUCCCAAAGUCACCACCAAGGUGUGACUUGGAAGGCUGUUGGAGAAUGACCUGGAAUGGAUUCAUGUUYAUAUGUGUGGUGACAUUUGAGAUGUCGUGGUCACUGCCUGUGGAGCACUGGCAGAGCUGUUGGUUGUAGGCCUGGGAUGAGGGAUUCUGCCAAGUGGAUAAUUCACCUGCUUCUGGUGAACUAUUUGUGGGGACAAAAAGGUUUUUGGGGGAAUGAAAAAUGUAAAUUCUCUUACAUGGGUGUUGUAGCAGCCUACCUCUAGGAAUAAGGCUUUUCACUGUGCAUUUAGCACUGUUAAAACAGUAGUGGGUUUUUGAUAUCCAUGUGUUUUAAAGGCCAUCCCAGUGUUAAACUCUGAGGUGCAGAGCAGAGGGCACUUGGCUGUUUCAUUGGAUCUUAAUAUGGCUACARAGCUGUAGAAACCAGAAAUCAUGUUGUGACUGGCAUAUCUAGCACUAAGUUAGAGGAAGAUUUGAGGUUUUUAUAAUACAUUGAAUUGUUUUUGGUUCAAUAAAUAUCUAAUUACAGAUUCAAUGCCAGAUUAGUCUCAGUUCAGUUAGCAGUGAGCCAGAGGUUGUAGUUGUUCAUAGAGACUGCAAAGAUUUGAGAAUGUGAAUGCAUUGACAGGUCUGUUGCAGGCAGAGCUGCACAAGAAUAACCCUUCUCCUCACAACAUUUUCCUCUGUGCUGAAUUUGUACUGUUUCUAGCAAASUAACUGAUUCAUAGGAGCAGCUUUACACUCCAUGUUGAAAGAUACUUUUUAGAUGGAAAAAAAAAUUGUCUUUCAAAGGAAUGUCUCUGCUUCACUGAGCUCAGCCAAGGAAGUCCCAGCAGUGAAAUGUUAGAUAAGGGCUUAAGCACCAUUGCUGGGAUCUGCUUGAAAAUCAGACCUGGAUCUGUGAUUCAUGUACCACAUGAUGUGAUUUCAGCCCACUUAAUUUCACUUCUUUGGUGCUCCUGAACCUUAAAACCCUCCCAAUUUUGGGAAGAACUGACUCUAGCUGAUGUGGUUUUGUGCCAUCUUGGAGGAGUGGUUGAAGAACCACCAGGGUGAGGAACUCCUGGUAGGGAAGGAGAACAGCAUGGCAGGGCAACAGCAAUAAUGACUCAGUGCAAUACUCAGUGGAGGCAGUGAAUUCUCAAAUUUAUUGAGCAGGGUCUUAUUUCAAGGGGUUCAAAUCCCUUAAAAGCUCCCAAAUGGCAUUACAACUUCAGCCUAGUGUUCUUUUUCUUCAGUCUUGGAGCUCUGAUUACCCACAUCAUCCCUGCUGAAACUAAAUCAGCAUUCCCGUGGAAAAGGGAAUAUCCUGAGAAAGCAAUAGCACUGGUCUCCAGUGAACCGUGGAUGAACUGUUGUCUGUCUGCUGGAAAGUUUCUCCCUACUCCUGGGUAUUUCUGUGCCUUAUACUUGCUAAAGGUAACUCAUCCCUGGAAGGUUUGUGGUGACCAUACAGUUCUUGAUGAUCUUUAGCUUGGAGAUUUUUGCAAGGGGAUCGCAGUUCAGAGCAUGCCAGAUUUUGAGAUUAUUAUUUGCUCCUUCAAUUUGUCUCAUGAUCAACACUUCUUUCUUCCUAAAUACACAGAAAGGAAAUGCAGAGGGGCUUCAUUCAAUUUUAACAAAUGACAUUGACUACUUUGGUGUAUCAGUUCCCUACAGGCAGAAUCCAGAACACGCAAGGUCUCGCCUCUUAAUACAGGACACAUUUACAUUUUCUGUUUUGUUUUGCCUGUGGCUGUACAACACAACAGUUCUCCCUGGYUGUUCUUCACCUUUACUCUGUUUUCAUGUUGGCCAAACUGGUAAUGGACUUCUCAGUUCCUUCACACAAUUCAAGUACCACUGGGCUUUCCAGGCAACAUCUGCCAUGGCACAAUUACGACCUGGAAUAUUUUGCURUGUUUCAACCGUGGAAGCUGUAGGAUGGAAAGAGGAGACUCUGCUCGACAUACCUGUUCCCAAAGCUACACCAAUGCAAUGAUCUCCACCCGCAGCUGGAGGGGAGAUACGGGUUUUUAAACAGUGCAGAUGCAGCCUUAGUUUUGCCACCACAAUGUCUUCAGCCUUUAGAUUGCAGGGUGAGAUUGCAGGAGUGUGGGUAACCGUGUACAGGACAGUAAGAGAUGACAGCAAGCCUUCUGCAAUAACUCGUAAUUCUAUUGAUCAGUAGUAAAUGAUGUACAGAUAAAACUUGAUGAAAUGUAUUUUAUGUGAAGAAAAWAAAAUAAUGUAAGAACUGUAUAUUGUAUUAGCAGCUUUGUGUAUAAAAUGGCAUUUUGGCAAUCAGAGUCUAAUAUAUUUAAAACUUUUUUUAAACAAAGGAUAUUUGAUAUUGUAUGGAAUUGACUUUAUUGCUACUGUAAGUAUGAAGAUGGUUUCUUAACAUGUUGAAGCAAUGCAUAAAAUCUUAAACUUUAUGUAAAACUCAUGCCAAAAGGGUAUGUUUGACAGUAUUAGCACCUGACUCAGUGUCUUUAAUAGAGAGAUUGAAUUUUUUAAUUUAAAAAUUAUAUUAAAUUUCUUUUAAUAAUA